AUGCCCUCGAUUUCGCUCAUGAGAGAGACAUUGUUCGCAUCCAGAGAAAUGAAGAUCCUUGUUGGAGACGCUACGGAACAAAUUGUUGCAGGGCGUCUAGAAAUAAGAGAUGCCACGGCUCGAUUUAUACUUCACUGCUUGAAUGGGGCUCUUUCGAUCGUCUUGUUGAUCCUUGGCGGAACCUUCGCUGGUUUGACUUUGGCAUUCAUGGGCCAGGAUCAAGUGUUUCUCCAAGUGAUCGCUGGGUCUGGCACGCUAAAGGAGAGACAGAACGCUACCAGGGUGCUCAAAGUGCUUCAACGCGGGCGGCAUUGGGUCCUGGUAUCUCUGCUGUUGGGAAACGUCCUCACCAAUGAGACCCUGCCAAUCGUCCUGGACCAAGAUGUCAAGGGCGGUCUCUUCGCGGUGGCAGCUUCGACGAUACUCAUCGUGAUAUUUGGGGAGAUCAUCCCGCAGAGCGUUUGUGCGAAACAUGGAUUGGCUAUCGGCGCCUGGUCCUCAAGAUACGUCCUGUGGGUGAUGUACGGGUUGUUUCCCAUCGCGUACCCCGUGGCCAAACUCCUCGAUCGCUUGCUGGGUCUGAACCACGGCCUCGUCUUCAACAGAGCCGGCCUGAAAACCCUGCUCGGUCUUCACGAGCGCAUGGGCUUAGCUGCAAGUAGUGAGAGGCUGAGUAGGGAGGAGGUUGCUCUCCUCUCCACGAUCCUCGAUCUCGACGCCCGGCCCAUAUCAUCGAUGAUGAUUCCCGUUCCGAAGCUUUUUGCUCUUGGUCUCAACUCACUCCUCGAUGACACGACGCGCUACAAUCUCCUGACGUCGGGGUACAGUGGCGUACCGAUCCAUUCACAUGACCACCCUACAGCCUUCGUAGGGAUCCUGCCUGUCAAGUCACUCGUCGCUCUGGACUUUGAGGAGGCUGUGACCGUUGGCCAGCUGUCGUUAGACAAGUUGCAUGUCGUGCCUCCGGAUAUCUCUUGUCAACAUCUACUCAAGCUCUUCCGAGAUAGAACCGUCCAGAUGGUCUUGGUCACCGAAAGGGGAUCUAUGUAUGGGGAACCGCUAGGCGUUGUGACCGCGAGGGAUAUGAUGCACGAACUAAUACGAGACCCGAUCGCGUUCAAAGGAGAGGAAGAGUAA